CAAUUUGGAAAGCCCUCAACAUAGAGAAGAGGGGGAGAUGGAGGGGAUCUGGGAUUCCGGCCGGCGAGCGAGCCGGAAUCUCCGCCGGAGCAUGAGCAGGGAGAUGAAGAUGGGGGCGUGGGGAAUGGAAGAGGUAUUUGCGAGGAGGGGUGGGAGAUCGGCGUCAUGGAGGUCCGAUGAGGCUGACGACGAGGAGGCUCUUCGUUGGGCGGCGAUCGAGAAGCUUCCGACCUACGAUCGCCUUCGAACUGGGUUAUUGAAGCGGAUUGUGAAGGCUGAUGAUGAGGAUGAAGAUCAAAGGAGAAGAAGGAGGAGGAUGAUGAGGUAUGAGCACAAGGAGGUGGAUGUUCGGAAAUUGGGAGAGGAUGAGAAGAAGGAGUUCAUUGAUAGGGUUUUCAAGGUCGCUGAGCUUGAUAAUCUUCGCUUCUUGAACAAGCUUCGCAACCGCAUCGAUAGGGUUGGAGUCCAGUUACCGACAAUGGAGGUGAGAUUUGAGAACGUAACAGUGCAUGCAAAGUGCCACGUCGGCAAUAGAGCAAUGCCUACUUUAACCAACACGGCCCGUGAUAUAUUUGAAUCAAUAUUGGGCUAUUUCGGUGUGAAUCUUAGUAAGAGAAUGAAACUCACCAUUUUAAAUAAUGUUUCAGGGAUGAUAAAACCAGCAAGGAUGACGUUGCUAUUGGGCCCGCCAUCUUCUGGGAAAACGACUCUGUUACUAGCUUUAGCUGGGAAGCUGGACUCUUCUUUGAAGAUGUAUGGAGACAUAACAUACAAUGGGUACGGACUGAAUGAGUUUGUCGCCCAAAAAACGGCUGCUUACAUCAGUCAAAACGAUGUCCACGUGGCUGAGAUGACUGUGAGAGAAACCCUUGACUUCUCUGCCAGGUGUCAAGGUGUGGGCCCUAAGUAUGAGCUUCUAUCUGAGUUAGCGAAGAGGGAAAAGGAAGCAGGAAUCUUCCCAGAAGCUGAAGUGGAUCUCUUCAUGAAGGCAACUGCAAUGGAAGGGAUGGAGAGCAGCUUGCAAACCAAUUACACACUCAGAAUACUCGGGUUGGAUAUUUGCGCAAACACAAUAGUUGGCGACGAGUUGCAACGAGGCAUCUCCGGAGGACAAAAGAAACGUGUCACUACGGGAGAGAUGAUUGUAGGACCAACAAAGACACUCUUCAUGGAUGAAAUAUCAACUGGACUUGAUAGCUCUACCACUUUCCAAAUUGUCAAGUGUUUGCAGCAAAUUGUCCAUUUGGGGGAGGCAACAAUUCUCAUGUCUCUCCUCCAACCUGCCCCCGAAACAUUCGAUCUUUUCGACGACAUUAUUCUUAUUUCCGAAGGUCACAUUGUUUACCAAGGGCCGAGGGAAUACGUCCUCGACUUCUUCAAUGCAUGUGGUUUCCAGUGUCCGGAUCGCAAAGGCACUGCAGAUUUCUUACAAGAGGUAACUUCGAAGAAGGAUCAAAAGCAAUACUGGGCUGAUAGAACUAAGCCUUAUACCUACAUUCCUGUGUCUGAAUUUGCUGAUCUCUUUAAAAGAUUUCAUGCCGGGCUUCGUCUGGAGAAUGAGCUCUCUGUACCUUUCAACAAGUCUCAAAGUCACAAAGCAGCUCUCAUAUUUUCCAAGCAAUCAGUCCAAAUCUCUGACCUCCUCAAAGCCUCUUUUGCUAAGGAAUUACUCCUCCUCAAGAGAAACUCUUUUGUCUACAUUUUCAAGACAAUUCAGAUCAUCAUCAUGGCAAUUGUGGGAUCAACAGUGUUUAUUAGGACAAGAAUGCAUACAAAUAGCGAAGAUGAUGGUGCUAAGUACAUUGGAGCACUACUCUUCGGAUUGAUAGUGAACAUGUUCAACGGUUUUUUAGAGGUGCCUCUUAGCAUCACAAGACUCCCAGUGUUUUACAAGCACAGGGACCUCCUCUUUUAUCCUGCAUGGGUCUUCACACUCCCUAAUGCACUUCUCCGAAUCCCCAUUUCGAUAUUCGAGUCUCUUAUUUGGGUUGGCAUAACUUACUAUGUCAUCGGCUAUGCACCUGAACCAGCCAGGUUCUUCAAACAUAUGCUACUUGUUUUCUUGAUCCAGCAAAUGGCAGCAGGUGUGUUCAGGGCUACUGCAGGAUUCUGCAGAUCAAUGAUAAUUGCUAGCACUGGAGGGGCUAUUGCUAUUCUCAGCAUGUUUGUUCUCGGAGGUUUUGUAUUACCAAGAGGUGAAAUUCCAAAAUGGUGUAUUUGGGGUUACUGGGCUUCACCUCUAUCAUAUGCAUACAAUGCUUUAGCUGUCAAUGAAUUCUUGGCUCCAAGAUGGAUGAACACAAUGGUGACCAGACCAGAUGGUACCACAAAGAUUUUAGGAAUAGCAGUGCUAGAGAAUGUCCAAGUAUUUCAUGAGAACAAGUGGUAUUGGAUUGGAGUUGGUGCUCUUUUAGGAUUUAGCAUCCUCUUCAAUGUUCUUUUUACCCUUUCUCUUAUGUACCUAAACCCUCUUGGAAAACCACAAGCUGUAAUAUCUGAAGUCAGAGACUCUGAAAUCACAGCCGCAAGAAGUGAAUCAAACAAAUCUUCAAGGAUCAAUCAGGCUAAUGGCGUUGCUCGCACGGGGAGAAUGGUUCUUCCGUUUGUGCCUCUUGCUAUGUCCUUUAAUGAAGUAAAUUACUUUGUCGACAUGCCCGCGGAAAUGAAAGAACAAGGAGCUGCUGAAGAUAGACUUCAGCUGCUAAGGGAAGUAACAGGCGCUUUCCAGCCUGGUGUUUUGACUGCCCUUAUGGGUGUCAGUGGUGCAGGAAAGACAACUCUAAUGGAUGUCUUGGCAGGUAGAAAGACUGGUGGCUACAUUGAAGGUGAUAUCCAUAUCUCUGGUUACCCAAAGGACCAAGCCACAUUUGCAAGAAUAUCCGGUUAUUGUGAACAGAAUGAUAUCCAUUCUCCCCAAGUCACUGUCAGGGAAUCCUUGAUAUUCUCCGCCUUUCUCCGUCUGCCAAAUGAAGUCACCUAUGACGAGAAGAUGAGAUUUGUUGAUGAAGUGAUGGAGCUGGUAGAGCUUGAUAAUAUCAAAGACGCAAUUGUGGGACUUCCAGGAGUUACCGGGCUGUCGACAGAGCAAAGAAAGAGAUUGACAAUAGCUGUAGAGCUUGUUGCUAACCCUUCGAUUAUCUUCAUGGAUGAGCCAACAUCAGGUCUUGAUGCAAGGGCAGCAGCUAUUGUCAUGAGAACUGUGAGGAACACGGUCAAUACUGGAAGAACUGUUGUUUGCACCAUUCACCAACCCAGUAUCGACAUAUUUGAAGCCUUUGAUGAGCUGCUGCUGAUGAAGAGAGGAGGCCAAGUAAUAUACUCUGGACCAUUGGGCCGGCAUUCCCAAAACAUAAUUGAAUAUUUCGAGGCAAUUCCAGGAGUCUCAAAAAUCAAAGAUAAAUGCAAUCCUGCGACUUGGAUGUUAGAAGUAAGCUCAAUGGCUGCUGAAGUUCAACUAGGAAUUGAUUUUGCUGAGUAUUAUAGAUCUUCUUCAUUACACCAGCAUAACAAGGCGCUUGUAAAUGCACUGAGCAAUCCAGCACCAGGAACAAAUGAUCUCUACUUCCGGACAAAGUACUCUCAAUCUACUAUUGGCCAGUUCAAAGCCUGUCUUUGGAAGCAGUGGUGGACUUACUGGAGAAGCCCUGAUUACAACCUCGUUCGAUACUCCUUCACUCUCUUCACUGCUUUAUUGCUUGGGACCAUCUUUUGGAAAAUUGGCCAGAAUAGGAACAGUGCUACUGAUCUUAAAACCAUCAUCGGUUCAAUGUAUGCAUCUGUACUCUUCAUAGGUAUCAACAACUGUUCCACUGUACAACCAGUUGUCUCAAUUGAACGAACAGUUUUCUAUCGAGAAAGAGCUGCCGGAAUGUACUCUGCUUUGCCAUAUGCAAUUGCUCAGGUGGUGAUGGAAAUUCCAUAUGUAUUCAUCCAGGGAAUGUACUUCACUGUAAUAGUGUACUCCAUGAUGGGUUUCCCAUGGACAGCAGUGAAGUUUCUGUGGUUCUUCUUCAUAUCGUUCUUCUCAUUCUUGUACUUCACCUACUAUGGAAUGAUGACCGUUUCAAUUUCACCAAACCAUCAAGUUGCAGCAAUCUUCGCUGGGACAUUCUAUUCGAUCUUCAACCUCUUCUCCGGCUUCUUCAUUGCCAAGCCUAAAAUUCCCCAUUGGUGGGUCUGGUACUACUGGAUAUGCCCAUUGGCAUGGACAGUGUACGGGCUUAUCGUGACACAGUACGGGGAUCUGGAGGACACGAUUCAGGUGCCAGGUGAGGAAAGACAGAAAAUCAAAGACUAUGUGAAGCACUACUAUGGGUACCACACUGAUUUCAUUGGUGUCGUAGCUGCAGUUCUGGUUGGUUUUUCUGUCUUUUUCGCAGUCAUGUUUGCAUAUUGCAUCAAGAAACUAAAUUUCCAGCAGAGAUAGCAACCAGCAAGGCAAGUACCAAGAAUUUCAUUCAUACUAACAACUCUUGUUGUCUCCUCCUAGUUUUUUUUGUGCAUAAAUUAAGGUCUAU